CUAACUUUAUAGACAGCCGUAAUAUUCAACACAGGAAUCGUUUUUUAAUGCGAUUGCGUUUACACUUGUUAAUUUAUUUAUUUGUUUAGAAAGCAAUCGCAUUUAUAUUUGCAUUGGUACGCUCUAUUUCCCGCUCUGUCUCCACCAGUCAUAAAUAUGACCUGUUAAUUCUGUUUCGGAUGAGGGGGUUGGCGUUGGGAGGAGAUUUUUUACUUUCUUCUCGGGAAUUCGAACUGUGGAUCUCCUGAGUGCUUUGAUUUUGUUUGUAGGCACGGGGGUUUCGGAGUGGAUUGAGAAUUUAUGCUUUGAACUUUAUGGGUUUUGGAGUGGAUUGAGAAUUUAUGCUUGAAAUUUAUGAGAAGGUCUCGGAAUUUGAGUCUCUUGAGGUGCUUUUCGGGUAGGCGUGUUGAGAUAUGACAAGAGGGUGCUUUCAGGGGCGGGCUUCUAAAUUUGUGGAUAAUACAUUCGAGCGGCUGCUGCAAAAGUAUGAGUGGCGACUGUGGCUGGGGUUCGAUUGGUCGCCGAGAUUUUCUUUCUCUAUAAAGAGGUCUCUGUCUCGAAUCCGGCCGCGGACAUGGCGGUGGCGGUGGAAGUUAUGGCCGAAGCAAAUUUGGCCGAGCGAAGCCGCUCGGAAAGGCCAGGACUUUCACGAUACGGCGGGCAUGGUUAUUGUUCCGUCUUGCAAAUUCAGUUCUGAAAACCCUAGGAUCUUCAGCUAUGCAGAGCUUUAUAUCGCUACCAUGGGUUUCAGCAAGCAUGAGCUGCUCGGCAGCGGGGGUUUUGGUAGCGUUUAUAAGGCGGUUUUGCCCAGCGACGGCUCAACCGUGGCGGUGAAAUGUGUGUCUGAGAAGGGCGAGCGGAGGCUGGAGAAAUCCUUCGAGGCGGAAUUGGCAGCCGUCGGUCAGCUGAGGCACAAGAAUUUGGUUUCGCUCAGGGGCUGGUGUUUUGAAGAGGACGAACUUCUGCUGGUCUACGAUUAUAUGCCAAAUUCGAGCCUUGACAGGCUCUUAUUUGGCCGCCAUGGCCCUGUUCUGGAAUGGCAGAGAAGGUACAAAAUUGUCUGCGGCCUGGCCGCAGCUUUAUAUUACCUGCACGAACAGCUGGAGACGCAGAUUAUACACAGAGAUGUAAAGGCCAGUAAUGUGAUGCUCGAUUCUGCCUUUAAUGCUCGGUUGGGGGAUUUCGGCCUUGCUCGUUGGCUGGAACAUGCAGGUACAGAGUUCGAAUCCCUGAAAUUGCAGAACAAUAAUUAUAACUCCAACAGGGGAUUCAAACUUAUGGAGAGCACUCAGAUCGGCGGCACGAUCGGGUACCUUUCGCCUGAAACUUUCCAGAGGCGCAGCAGUUCGACGGCAAAAUCUGACGUGUUCAGCUUCGGCGUCGUGGCUCUAGAAAUGGCUUCUGGCCGCCGGGCUAUCGAUUUGAGCUACCCGGACGAGCAGAUCGUGCUGGUGGACUGGGUCAGGGAUUUGUACGAGAACGACCGGCUUCUAGAAGCCGGCGACAGUCGCCUGCCUGACGGCUUCGACUUGCAGCAAAUGAAACGGCUUCUUUACAUCGGGCUUCUCUGUUCUCUCAACGAUCCCUCUGCCCGGCCGACGAUGAAGUGGAUAAUUCAGGCCCUGGACGGCGAAGUGGACCUCCCGCCGUUGCCCUCAUUCAAAGCCCUCCCAUUUUACGCGUCUCUUUCUUCCGGCAGCUCCGGCAGCCUGAGCACCACCGACAAUAACAUCAGUUCUUCCAAGCUUUUGACUUCAUCCUCCUCGGGGUCCCCCAAGCCCAAAUCCUCGAGCUCCGAUGGCGAAGAAAGGAGAAAUCACAGUGUGAAUACGCGUAAUUACGCGCAGCUGGUGGAUGCACCGCGGGAAUUCGGUCUACGGGAGAUCCUUGCGGCGACCGACAAUUUCUCCGACGAGAGCAUGGUUGCAGAGAUGGACUUCGGCACGGCGUAUCGUGGACUCCUCCGGGAUUCGAACCUGCGUGUGCUGGUAAAGCGGUUAGGGAUGAAGACGUGCCCGGCUCUCCGGUCACGGUUUGCACAUGAGCUCCACAACCUGGGGCGUCUCCGGCACCGGAAUCUUGUCCAGCUGCGUGGCUGGUGCACGGAAAAGGGCGAGGUGCUCGUUAUUUAUGAUUAUCUGAUGAAUCGAUCCCUCAGCAAGAUGUUGUAUUUCCAGAAAAAAUCUUUCGUUCUGGACUGGUCCAGCCGGUACCGGAUCAUCAAGGGGUUAGCCGCGGGGCUGCUUUAUUUGCAUGAGGAAUGGGAACAAACUGUUGUGCACAAGAGCGUCACAUCUGCAAACGUUUUUCUCGACGGGGAUUUGAACCCGCGACUUGGAGGCUUUGCGCUGGCGGAGUUUCUCAACCAGGGCGAUGACUCGCACCAUUCCACCGGCUCUGUUAGGGGUAUUUUCGGUUACAUGUCUCACGAGUAUGUGGUUUCUGGCAAGGCCACGACGGAGGCCGAUGUGUUCAGCUUUGGAGUCGUUGUAUUGGAGGUGGUUUGCGGCAGAAUGGCGACGGAUUUCCGGUGCCCGAAUGUUCUUCUGGUUAAGUGGAUCAGCAAUUUGGAAAGGAAAGGGAUGCUGUGCAACGCUGUGGAUGUGAGAUUGCAGGGGAGCUAUGAUGUUGAAGAGAUUCGGAGGCUGCUCAAGCUGGGACUUUUCUGUACUCGGAGAGAUCCGAAAGCACGACCUACGAUGAGGCAGAUCACGCACAUACUCGACGGUGAUGAUCGUCUGCUCAUGUCUGUCGAAGCGCUCCCUGAUAAUUCCGAGCCCGAAAAGGAUUCGAAAACUUCUGCUUGCGCUUUACUUAUAAGAAGAAUGCAGGCUCUGGGCAUACAAUGAUUUGAGAUGCAAGACAGUUUUGAGUCGAAUGAUUUUUGUAUAUUACUAUCGUACUUACAUAUUCUAGUUCUUAGUUCCGAGGAUUUUCGCCAUUUUAUGCUCUGUAAGGUGUGUGAUUGAUCUGCUGUAUUCAACGUGUAUGAUAUUGUAUUUAGUUGAACAUAUGGCAGUGCUGUUUCUAAAUUUGAACUGUUCGCGUUUUAAAUUUUGUAUCA